AUGUGUAUUUCUCUUUCAGCCAUUAAUGAAUUUCCUGAAGAUAUAUUUACAAAUAAAGAACGACAGCAAGGAGGAGUUCUGCUUCAUAUCAUUGCCGCUCUUUAUAUGUUCUAUGCUUUGGCUAUAGUAUGUGAUGACUUCUUUGUUCCAUCCUUAGAGAAAAUUUGUGAGAAACUGCAUUUGAGUGAAGAUGUUGCUGGAGCCACAUUCAUGGCAGCAGGGAGCUCCACUCCAGAACUGUUUGCAUCUGUCAUAGGUGUAUUUAUCACUCACGGAGAUGUAGGAGUAGGGACCAUUGUCGGGUCAGCAGUUUUCAACAUCCUCUGUAUUGUUGGUGUCUGUGGAUUGUUUGCAGGACAGGUGGUUUCUCUCACCCAGUGGGCUGUGUUCCGGGACUCUGUGUACUACACCAUAUCUGUGGUCAUACUUAUUGUUUUCAUAUAUGAUGAGAAAAUAGAAUGGUGGGAAAGCCUUGUACUCAUCAUUAUGUAUUCAUUCUACAUACUUAUCAUGAAGUACAAUAUGAGGAUGCAAAAUUUCUUCACCCUUAAAAGCAAGAAUGUUGCAGAUGGUGACACUGUCAACAAUGAGCUGGAAGAUGGUAAUAAAUAUUAUGCCUCUAGUUGUGAUGACCCAUCCAUUCCAUUACUAUGGAAAGUGAAGGGGAUGCAGCAGUAUGGCAAAAACAGUGUUGUGAUGGUGGAUGAGAUCAUCUGCUCCAGUCCCCCCAAAUACCGAUUCCCUGAAGCUGGGUUACGGAUUAUGAUUACAAAUAAAUUUGGACCACGCACCAGAAUGCGGAUGGCAAGCCGACUCAUCAUUAAUGAGCGUCAGCGGUUAAUCCAAUCUGCCAAUGGCUCAAGCAAACCACUUCAGAAUGGGAGACAUGAGAAUAUUGAAAAUGGGAACAUCCCUGUGGUGAACCAAGAGGAGGAAAAUGAACAGGACAAUCUGUCUCCCUUUUCAUUGCCAGAUGGAAAAAUGAACAAAGUUAAAUGGAUUUUGACAUGGCCAUUGAUAUUUAUGCUCUUUUGCACCAUUCCAAACUGCAGCAAACCACGCUGGGAGAGGUGGUUUAUGCUGACAUUCAUCUUAUCCACUCUCUGGAUUGCCUUGUUCUCCUACUUCAUGGUGUGGAUGGUGACUGUGAUUGGAUACACCCUUGGGAUACCAGAUGUGAUCAUGGGCAUUACUUUCCUAGCUGCAGGAACAAGCGUCCCAGACUGCAUGGCCAGCUUAAUAGUAGCAAGACAAGGCCUCGGUGACAUGGCAGUAUCCAACACAAUAGGGAGCAAUGUCUUUGACAUUCUAGUGGGCCUUGGCGUUCCAUGGGGUUUGCAGACCAUGGCGAUUGACUAUGGAUCAACUGUUAAGAUAAACAGCAAAGGACUGGUCUAUUCAGUUGCACUUUUGCUAGGAUCAGUGGCACUUACUGUGUUUGGAAUCCAUAUAAAUAAGUGGAAACUUGACAGGAAAUUGGGCAUCUACGUGUUGUUUCUUUAUGCUAUUUUCCUGUGCUUCUCUAUAUUGAUAGAGUUUAAUGUCUUCACCUUUGUCAACUUCCCUAUGUGCCGAGAAGAACCUUAAACCACAACAAAGAAAGAGACUGAAAUUCUUCUGAUUACAUGUGCUGUAAAUGACAGGAGGCAUUUCACAUUUCUACCUUCUUUCCAUCAGUAAUUUGAGUGUCGUUCCUGCUUCAUCAGCUAACAAGCACUUUGACCUGUGUGGAAGGAAAGCAUACCUUUCUUUUGACGUGCUAGCUUGAGGCAACCAAAGCAUUUUCCUCCUCUUUGGAUAUUGCUGCUCA